AUGGUAUUUGAAGCUGUCAAAACUGCCUUCUUCCACUCCCCAGCCUAUGCAGUUGUAGGAGCCUCGAAAGAUCAGACCAAGUAUGGCACUAAGGUCCUCCAAUGGUAUAAAGCUAGGGAAAUGGAUGUCACUCCAGUUCAUCCUAAAGAAUCUGAGCUAGAAGGUAUCACUGCAGUGAAAUCUAUCGAAGAGUUAUCUUCUCCCAGCACAACUUCCAUCAGCAUUAUUACACCCUCCAAGAUAACUCUCGCUCUCCUGCAGAAAGCCAAAGAACUCAAUGUCCCUGCCCUCUGGAUUCAACCUGGGGCUUCAGACCGCGAUUGCAUACAGUUUAUCAAGGAUAACGACAUGGUAGAUAAAGUCAUCUACGGUGGAUCGUGUGUUUUGGUUGAAGGAGACAGCUUCCGAACCAACUACUAG